AGGCGUGAGACACUGCACCGUUGCUAUGCUUAUCACUUGUCAUUCAUUGCAAUUGCGGAAGUCAGACCUGUGUUCGGUACACGUACAUGGAAUGAAAAAAUAUGGGAUUCACUCCCGCAUUUAAAUGCGGUUGUCACACCCGACACUUUGUAAUGUGUACAUGGCUUUCUUGCAAAGUGUUCCCAGACGACUGACAGGGAAGUGCCUGUUUUUCCUCAGAUUGGCAUGAAGCCUGAGGUGCGAGAACAUCUUCGCCACAUUUACACCAAUGAUGAGGUGGUGUGUGAGGUUGGUAAGGAUGAAGCAGAACGGGUGUUUGAAGUUCUGCUGUCCUGUCUCUCUCAUCCACCCUUGUUCACCUGUGUGAGGGCCAGCACACACCUGCACACACUACAGGACAUUCAGCACAGACUCCAACAACAUGUUACUCAGAUCAGUGCUCAUGAAGGCAGUGGAUUUCCUGUAGCCAUUCACACACAUCCACAACUCCCAGAUGUUCUGCUGCUACCAGUCCAUGGCCCGAGGUGUGUGGAUUUGUUGGGUUCUGAGGUGAUUGUUGGUGCUCAGUGUGGUAAUGCUGUCCUCAGAGGAGCUCAUGUCUUCAGCCCGGGUGUCCUGAGCACACCGAAGUUUCUGAAGUCUGGUGACAUGGUGUCUGUGUGGUCGGACGUUGAGGGGAAAUGCACACGAGGAGCCAAAGAGUUUCAUUGCAAGAAGGUGUUUGUGGGUAAUGGGGUUUCUCAGGUGGAUCGCUCAGAGAUCUUCUGCUCAGAUGGACCAGUCAAGGGUCUUGCGAUUAGAAUGACGGAGCCACUUUAUCAAAGUCUUUCCUUUGACGGAGUUCUUACGGAUGAGCUGUUCCUCCAGAAUCUGCCGUCAGUGGUUGUGGGUCAUGUUUUAGGAGCUCAUCCUGGUGAACGGGUCCUGGACAUGUGUGCAGCUCCUGGAGGAAAGACGACACACAUCGCUGCUCUUAUGAAGAACCAGGGAACUGUAGUGGCGUUGGAAAAGAUCCGAUCCAAAAUGGAAAAGAUAAUUCAGAAUGCAAAGUCUCUGAAGUUAGAUUGUAUUCAAGCAUACUGCUGUAACAGUGUACAUGCUGUGACCUCUGACCCUGCUCAGGUAAACAGUGCAGACGGUCCCCCUUACCCUGAGGAGAGUUUUGACCGGAUAUUGUUAGACGCUCCCUGCAGUGGUCUGGGUCAAAGGCCAAACAUGACAUACAGCUGGAGUCUGAAAGAAGUGUGUUCAUAUCAACCUCUACAGAGAAAACUCUUCACUACGGCUGUGCGUUUGUUAAAGAAGGGAGGUGUGUUGGUGUACAGCACCUGCACUGUGACACUGGCAGAGAAUGAAGAGCAGGUCUCCUGGGCUCUCAAGACUUUCCCCUGUUUAACACUCCAACCACAGGUUCCCCAUUUAGGAUCGGAGGGCCUGCCCGGUGCCGGUCUGUCACAUGACCAGCGGCGGCUGUUGCAGAGGUUUCGUCCAGAAUUAGUAUGGGGACGAGCUAGUCACUCAAAUUCCCCUGAGACACUCGACCAGCUCGCCAACAACGACACCAUCGGCUUCUUCAUCGCCAAGUUCAUCAAACGAUAAUAAAAGCGCACACGCCUUAGUUACAGUCUUCUCAAACAAAUGUGUGUACUGCAUGUGUGUGUGUGGAGGAAAUAAAUAUAGCUGGAGACAGAAAGUGACGCUGGUGCCUUAUGCAUGCCGUCCUCCGUUGCCAUGACAACAGUGACGACAGCUGCCAUAGAGAGCAUAAAUUUGCAUGCUUGAUUGGCUUGAGUGCAGGAAGUGCACACAAGCGCAGAAUACAACAGUAUUUACGGUCAACGGCCUCAUACACACAGAAGGAAGCGUUUUAACUUGCGAUGUUUUGUAUGUGCAUUAAACUUUGACACUGUAAAUUAGACCAAUUAUCAAUUUUAACACGCUCAAAAGAAUAAAGGUAGAUAAUAUACUGGGAGCCUCAGGAAUUAUUCUUUUCCCACAUGCAAUAGAUGAAUUACUGUGAUGUGAUAUGGUUUAUGAUGAUUUGCACAGCAUAGACGGUGAUUCGACAAAUUGUUAAAAUUAAAAUUCUGUUUGUUCAGAACUCUGGUGAGGUUUGAUUGUUAUAUGAACGCAGCAUGGACCAAAGACGUCUAAACGGACCAAUAACAGGAAGUAAUUUGCCUAAUACUGACCUCAAGCAUACCUGGUUCUUCUCAUCAAAGGAACUAUGUUGCCCAUUACAGUUCGGUACAGGCGUCGGAACUGCCGUCAGCCGUCCUUGCAGCAUAUCUUCGUUUGUGUGUGCAACGGAGGAAUUCCUGCCGCUGUUUUGACUCCUUUACGCAUUGUUUUGGAUGUUCGGCAAGUUCCGUCGCAAAAUAUAUGUCAGAAAAGCUGUCCAAUCAGGUUGUGACCUUAUCCUGAUGCCUUUUUGUUUUGUAUCUUUCGGUUCGGUGUUAAAAAUGCCAGUGUGAACGCUAAGCGAACCAGGACUAAAUGUAUCAUUUUCUUUUUUGGUCCGGACCAAGAGAACCGAACUACAAGUAUGAACACACCAUAUAAAUCAAGCAUCUAGAUACAGUACUCGGGCGAACAAAAUAAUAUCUUGCAUUUUAUUUGAUCGACUCUGCAGCUUUUGCAUACAGCGCAUAAAAUUGAGGUUCGCGAUUUUUGAGGGAACAUUACCUCGACCCUUAAAACACGUCCAUGGCCAUGCGCUAAGGUGCUCAAGACUUUGCGAUUGCAAAAUAGACAUAAGACUGACAUGAGAUUGACAUGUUCUUUGUUGCAACACUGUUAAUAGGUGUCAUCUGUGGAUUUUUCAAACGCUUAAAAAAAAAAAAAAAAAAAAACGUAUUGCACGCGUGCGAAUGGGUUAAAAUUUCUAUUUCACAUGUUGACUACCAAGUUCACAUGUCUUUUGGAGGCCCCUGGCAAUGUGGAGUCCCUAGACAAUUGCCUAGUCUACCUAUAGCUAGCGCCGGCCAUGGUUCGAUGUGUUACAGAUUUAAUGUGUCUAGUGUAGAUUUUUAGUUGAAAAAGCACUCUUAAAUGUAGUGCUGUUUAUGUUCUGCUGCAAAUUAAAGGGCCGGUUGAUGGCACCUGGGACAUUCUGAAUUUUGAAGACUUGACCUUAAUCAAAAUUUUUCUAAAUGAUUCAGUUAAGGGUUUGUGUUUGGUAGUUCGGGGAACAGACACAGUCUCUAUAUGAUAUCUAGGUGAUACAGUCUCUAUGUGUUGUAGUUUGUGUGACCUGUGUGUCGUCUCAAGGCAGCUAGCAGACGUUUGGAUUAACCAGUGUGUCUGCUUCGUGACCUGGGCCCCAGUUAGUCAAAUACUAUCACUACUAAGACUAUGAGCCAAAUUACUAGAGAGGAGAGCGGCACCUUCCCUGGAGGGAUGGAGUCCGUCUCUCUUUAGCAGGUCAGGUCUACCCCAAAAACUCUUCCAAUUGUGUUAUAAAUCCUAUGCUAUUCUCCGGACACCACUCAGACAUCCAGCUGUUCAUUGACACUAAUCUACAAUAAACCUCAUCACCACGAUGAGCAGGGAGGGGGCCAGAGCAUAUUACAGUGUCUGACAUCAUUUUUGCAUGUUCACACACCUCUUUACUAUUAUCUUUAGUGAUCUCCGACUGGCGAAGCGGGACAUUGUUAGUGCCGACAUGGAUAGAAUAUCUAAGUUUAGUAUUAGCCAGCACAUGUAAAUUUGAUCUGAUGUCAGACACCUGAGCCCCCGAAAUGCAUUUAACAAUAGUGGCUGGAGUCUCUAUUUCCACGUUCCUUACAAUAGAAUCACCUAUUACUAAGGCUCUUUCAACAUGAUUCUCAGCAGAUGCAUCACUGAGUGGGGAGAAUCAAUUGGAAACCCUAACAGGAAUGGGAGAGUGGUGUCGCUUUGCUGAGCGAGUAUGCCGCCGAAAUGUCACCCAAAUGCCCUGCUGCGGGGGCUCUACAGCCAGAACCAAAGUGUGUGUGUUGCUCGCUGUACUACCCGCAUCCGAAACAGUAUCUACCAGCUUCUCUUUCUCUCUGACCUCCACUAGCUUUCGGAUGCGUGUCUCAAACUCAUUAAUCUUCUCCGUCAGCCUGACUAAUUCCUUACAUUUAUCACAUGUAAAUCCCUCACUGCUGAUGGAAGAAGCUACCAUAAACAUGUGGCAUGCAGUGCAGGAAGAAAUAACAUGAGCGGAUGCCAUGACUUACCGCAUUUGUUUGUUGUUGUUGUUAUUAUGGUUGUUCUUGAGUUGCGAGGGUUUGAGAUCGAUGUGGUUCCUGAUCAGCAGAUGAUUGAGAUUGAUGCAAUAAUCCGUGUAAAACACAGAGGAGAAAACGAAUGCACGCAGUCGAGAUGCGAGAUGUAGACAAGCGAAGAAAAAAAAGAGAAACGUGCGCGGUAAAAUACACACAGUUGAAACAGUAGAAAAGUGGAAAAAAAAACAAAGAAUGUGGUAAUUUGGCAAAGGAUAAAAUGAUGAACGUAUAAGAAUAAGCAAUGCUUAGCAGGCUAGCAAGCUACAAACACAGACUUGUGUAGCAUGCCAGCAGCAACAGUGGCGUUGCAGUGCCGCUGAAUGGUAGCGCAGUGGUGUCCCCCAUGCUAACCUGUUUGAUCGAUCCAAUGAAAAUAACCUAUUCAAAAGUGUGAUUCACUCAUAUCGCUAGUUCUGAUUCUGAACAGCAGACAGAAUUAUGGGAGAAAGGAACAUUUCUGAAACUUUCAGGGAAAAUGUUUCUCAGGUCUGUAUAUGGUCAUCUCAUCAUUUUUUAACAGGGUGCUAAGUACUAAAGGGAGAAACAGAGCUUUCUGAAACUUCAAAUCAGUUAAACCAAUUGCUUCACAAAAUGAUUCACUGUUUUGAAGCGCACAAAAUGCAGCAAAGGCGAGUCAAUAUUAUGUACUGUAGCUACAAUAAUGCAAAGGUUUGGAAAUUACUACCUGCCAUAUAUUUUUCAUGUAUGGAACAAUCUACAAUAUCCUUAAAAAAACACAGAUCUGGAUCUUUUCAGAAUAUACAGUAUGUAGACUUUCCAGUCCUUUUUAUAUUUAUAGUGUUUUAAAUAUAAAACAUUCUCACUCCAUGAUCGAUCGGAUCACUGCUACACUACAGCUGAGAAAUAGAGUUAAACUAACAGCUUCAGCAUUACUUUCGAUCACAGCUGAGAGUCGUGACACACAGAGUAAUCAAACACACUCAGGGUGCCUACCUGAUACAAGUUUACAGGUUGUGAGGAGACGUAAACUUUCAACAUGGCAGAAAAGAGUGCGGUUUCUGUCAAGGUGUCAAAAGAAGAGUUCCCCAAGAAAUAUACAAGAAUGAAACUGGCAUCUCCCAUGUUUUCUCUCCGACAACAUAGCACUUGAAUGUGAGUGAAAUACUCGUAGGAUUAUUGUGAUAGAACGUAAAGGCAUCAUCACUGCACAAUUGCUUGGAGUGGAUUACUACAACACUACAGCUGAGGAAUAUAGUUAAAAUAACAGCUUCAGCAUUACUGUUCAUCACUGCUUGGGAGUCAUGACAGACGCAGGUGAUCACACACGCUCCGUCUCUCUCUAUUGCUCCCACUCACUCACAAACACACUUUGUUUUGUACUUGUUAGAAACUACCAAACCAUCAUUACGUUUUCAAAUUAGCAACUUGGGGACAUCUUUUGUACUAGCAACAACAAAACCUGAUUUGUGUCGAAAAAAUGUAAUUCCACACACAAGUGCAUUUUUUUGGGACAGUCCUUAGUUUUUCCUGUUAUUUAUUUACUUGUUCAUUGAACUGUUGUUUAAAAGCAAUAUCACACUUGCAAUUGUGCUAUUUUGUCCAUUUAUCAGCACUCUUGCUUGUGAGUUAGUGCUUUAUUAAAUAAUGUCUGUUUUUGUACUAAACCAAUACUUUGGUGUUUUUUCCCAUAACUUACACAGUUUGUGCAAUAAACAUUUGUAAAUAAAGACGUUACAGUGAAAUGCUCAGUUAGUGUGGGACUUGAGUUCAAGUACAUAAAUAAAUACGUGUCAAGUUCAUUGACCAUUAGGUUAUGCAGCAUCCGUGGUGAAAUCUCAUGAUCAAGUUUGUAUCAGAAUAAGAAAGCUCAGGUGGUUUUAUUGAUGAUGUUCCAAGUUCGAGAUUCACCAAAUAAAUCUCUUUAUAUAUAUAUAUAUAUAUAUAUAUAUAUCUGUCUUUCUCAUAUGUAUCUUUCUAAUGAACACAACAGCUUUUUGGGAUUGUAUGCUUUGGGAACUUAACUCAAAGUGAUCAUCAGAAAAUUAAAAAUCACAGGUUUCCAGUCAGCAAAUCAUGUUUGAAUCAGUUUGAUUUUAUUAACCUAGUUUUUGUUAAACUGACUCGAGAUCACGUACAACCAUGCAUUUGAGACUGAUUCAGGUUUCAUUGUGGGAUCAAGCACCCCUAGUGUCAAACCUAUGGAGCUAGAACAAUGACUGAAGUAUUUAAAUCUGAAAUGGUUCAUUAGACCUGUGACAUUCAACAAAAUUGAAGAUGUUCCUGGCAUAUUUUAUAAAUUUGUAUGUUUAACCCUCCUAUGGUAUUCA